AUGAAUUUCAGUCAGACUGGCAUGACUGAAAACAAACACUUCUGUUACGAAUCUGUGAAUAGAUCUUGCCAGAGGUCCGUCUAUCCAACCGCGAUACGGGCUCCACUGUACGCUUUCUUUGUGGCCAUCAUUGUUCUCACUGUAUUUGGAAAUCUUCUGGUCAUCAUCACCAUCGCUCACUUCAAACAGCUUCACACGCCAACUAACUACCUCGUCCUCUCCCUGGCCGUGGCCGACCUCCUCUUGGGGGCGAUCAUCAUGCCCCCCAGCAUGGUGCGCUCGCUUGAAUCCUGCUGGUAUUUUGGAGACUUGUUUUGUAAGAUCCACUCCAGCACAGAUGUCAUGCUUUGCACUGCGUCCAUUUUAAAUCUGUCUUUCAUCUCCAUUGAUCGAUAUUACGCUGUUUGCCAACCCCUCCGCUAUCACACCAAGAUCACUACCGGUGUCAUAAUGAUCAUGGUUCUGGUCUGCUGGAGUGUGUCUGCCUUUGUUGGUUUUGGGAUGAUAUUUAUGGAGCUGAACAUUUUGGGCAUUGAGGAGUUUUAUUAUGAUGCUGUUGCUUGUGUAGGAGGCUGUAUUCUCUUCCAGACUGAAGCAUCAAGUUCAGUGUCAUCUGUUCUCUCUUUUUACAUCCCGGGGUUCAUAAUGCUUGUCAUCUAUCAGAAAAUCUUCCAGAUUGCGCAGAGGCAAGUCCGAUCCAUUAACAGCAUUGCCUGUCAGAAUACACACUCUGAAACCAGAACAAGCAACAUGGAGCGAAAGGCCACAAAGACUCUUGCGAUUGUUAUGGGGGUAUUCCUGUCAUGUUGGACCCCCUUCUUCAUAUGCAACAUCAUCGAUCCAGUCAUUAACUAUUCCAUUCCACCUGUGUUAUUUGAUACACUUGUGUGGAUUGGCUAUUUCAAUUCAACAUUUAAUCCUAUUGUUUAUGCUUUCUUUUACAGCUGGUUUAGGAAGGCAUUCAGAAUGAUCAUUUUAGGUAAAAUAUUUCAAGCUCAUUCCUCAAGAACAAAAUUUUCUGGAGACUGA